AUGGAGGUCCCAUGGGACACUGAACACGUGGUCUCGGCUGCCACAAGACGUCAGCGGCAGAUGGCAUGGGUACCCGCUGUUGGCAUGAGUGUCAUUCCUCAAAGAGAGAGGGAAGGGGAAGACAGAGGGAGAGAGAGAGAGAAGGAGCGAGAGAGGGAGGAAAAGGAAGAGCAGAGCACAGCAAGGCAGAGGAAAGAGGGUGCGCACGUUUCAGCUUUUUCCCUCUAAUUUGUGGUUUCGCAAGAGAAGAAGCUGCAGCGCAGAUUCACUGGAGAUAUUUGGGAUCAUGCGAAGUGCACGCUGACCAGAGGAAAUAUGUUGACACUGCCAUUCGAUGAACCUCAUAUGAUGUGUGAGCCGCGGCUUGGUGCCAAUUAUCCUCGUGAAAGCUUACCUGAGAGCCUGAAGCAGGAUCGACAGCGCAACCCAGACAGGUCCAACUCAGACAUGAGGGAGGCCGAGGACGACAUGUCCGACAGGGAGGAGGACGAGAGGGAGGACGACCAGGACGAGGACGGGCUUCCUAAAAAGCGAGGCCCACGGAAAAAGAAGCCCGGCAAGGAGCAGAUGGACAGGUCCAAACUACGGCGCCAGGAAGCCAACGCCCGAGAGCGCAGCAGGAUGCACGGCUUAAACGCCGCGCUGGAGAGCCUGCGCAAAGUUGUUCCGUGCUACUCCAAAACUCAAAAACUCUCCAAGAUUGAGACCCUCAGACUGGCUAAAAAUUACAUCUGGGCCCUGUCAGAGACUCUGAGCGCGGGGAAGAGACCGGACCUCCUCGCCUUCGUACAGACUUUGUGCAAAGGAUUAUCUCAGCCCACGACCAACUUGGUGGCCGGUUGUUUGCAGCUGAACGCGAGAAAUUUCCUCACAGACCACAACGGGGAGGUCAUGUUCUCUGGCAGAUCGCCCUACGAUACCAUGUACUCGUACCCCGGCUCAGACAUGAACACGCCCCCCGGCCACAGCGGCAGCAGCUUGGACAGCAGCGCCAAACCAUUCCGACACUACAGCUACAGCGGCGCAUACGAGCCCUACUACGAGAACCCGUCCCCAGAGGGCGGGAGCCCGCAUUUCGACGGCCAGCUGAGCCCCCCGAUGAACUUUAACGGGAUUUUCUCCCUAAAACACGACGACCCACCAGACUACGGCAAAAGCAGCCACUAUGGCAUGCGCUACUGCAGUGCGCCAGGGCGCACGGCUCUUGCGCACAACUCCAUGUACCGAGUCUCCCCAGAGGCCCGUUUCCCUUACGACCUGCACGUCCGCAGCCAGUCCUUCCAAGCACAAGGGGAAGUUAAUGGCUCUUUCCACAAUUAAUCAAUUAGCUGGACAAAGUUCAAGUUUCAGAAGCGAUGCAAUUUCCCCCGCAGAUGUCCAGAGUGGAACGAAAAGGACUCCAGACAUGCUGCGAAAAUGACCAUUUUAACAAGUCACUUUGUUUCAAAUGUUGAGUCUCAUUUUUCUUUGAAACGCGGUAAAAGCCUGAACAUUAGAUCUGAUGAUUUCACUUGUUCUCAAUUCUUGUUUCACUAAAUGUGUGUCGAUAUGAGGCAGAAAAAAAAAGACACAACAAGAAUCUCAUCUCAGUCUGAAGGCAGAUCUGUUUCGUUUAAAAGAAAAUUCAGAUUUAAUGGCUCAUUGCCACAGAUUUGAUUUCACUGGGAAAAAAAACCCACAACGACUCAGAUGUAGAAUAAUUUGUUAAAGAAGCAGGUUUUGAGCGAACUGUAUCCAGCCACAGUGCUUUAACAUAUUUAUAUUUGUUUGUUAAUGCAGAUGAUGGCAACGAUGUGGUUUAACUGAUAUAUUGGAGAAUUAAUUUUCAUUCAUUAAAUAGAUUUCCGUCCGUUAAAUAAAACAACCGGGGAAGAAGAGUCUGAAGAGGCUUCACUUCAUCUUUGAAGUUUGCUGAGACACGAUUGGACUUCAGAGAUUCAGUCUGUUAGCAAUAAAGGUCAAUUGAGCUAUGCAAGGCAGCCAAAUGCAAUCUUUGCUUAUGAAAAAUGAUAUAUGUCUAUUUCCUCUCACAGGGCGUUUCUCAUAAUCUAAUAUCUAAUUAAAAUGAUGACAAAUUACACAAAAUUAAUUAUAAGGAAGCAGCCAGUGUGGAGACGUGCAUGUGUUUAGGAGACCUGAUGAUGAUGUCACCUGAAUUGAUCCUGUUCAUACAGGAAAUGAUGGGGAGAAAAAAAAAAACCUUAAAAAAUUAAAUGCAUUUGUAUUUGGAGUAAAUAGUGUGGUAACGAGGUGAAUGUAAAAUUAUUAUUGUAUUUAUUUAUUUAAGCUUAUUUAUUAUAAGUCCGUCAAUUUGAAUGUGGAUAAUAUAUUAUAAAAAAGAUAUUGUAAAAUUCAACAGUGUUACCUUUUUAUGUGAAUUUCCAUACAUUUAAAGUUUGUUUAUGUUUCAUUGUUGUAUAUUUCACUACAGCUGAAAGUCGAGAACUGGAAAAAGGAGGAAAAAAAAUCUUUUUUGUGUGAGGUGAACAAAAUGUUUCCCAAACCAUAUGAAUCCGAUGAACAUGCCUUAUAAAAGAGAGAGAGACGAGGACCAUCAAUAUGCAACGAAAUGAAAGUUUUGGAUAGUUUGACGUGAACUUUUUACACUUCCUUGUUCCUGCUGAGGAGCAGCUGUGAUGCACUUCAUGUAUUUCUGCACAAUGUUGGUGACUGUCCGCCCAUAAAUCCUGUUGAUUUUGUAACUUUA